CCGUGACCAGCUCACGUGAAUUUCGACAAAUUCAAACGUUUUUUUUUUUCGGCGACGAGGAAUGGACAUUUUGGAACAGCAGCUCGAACAGCAAGAUGUCAGGUAGCGUUUACGUUAGAUAUCGAUCGCCCGAUAUUGCGAACACCCAUCCUUUCCGUCUCGCUCGAGGUCUCCUCAAGGUCAUCGUCACUUAGUGCACAGUGCGCACUUAACUUACGCCGUAUAGGACCGACUGACACAGUCGUCGAACGCCGUGAAGGACGACGGCAGCAGCGGCACGACGGGGAUCGUUAUAGAGGAAGCGGAGAUAGUAAACUGCGAAGAGGAACCUGUCGGAGAGGACGAGAUGCGUUAUCCAGAGACUUUAGCGUACCGAGUUGUCCAGGUGAACGGCACGGCGGCUAUACAGUCGGCCAAUGAGAUAGAGCUGCCUGUAUCGCAACCAGGGAACAAUACUGUACAGGUUCUAACGUCACCUUUGAAUGGCCAGUUUUAUGUUAUCGGGAAUGCCAACGAUGUCUUUACCACAGCUCAGACGUCGAGAUCCUUGGUGCCGAGAGCAACCACGUUGCAGAUAGAAAACCCAAGGAGUUGCGCUCCUGGCUUGAAAAAGAGAGACGACAGGCGGAGAGCAACGCACAACGAAGUGGAGCGCCGGCGUAGAGAUAAAAUAAACAAUUGGAUUACAAAGUUGGGCAAGAUCAUCCCUGACUGCAAUACCGGGACUAAUACCACUAGUAGCAGCGGCAGUGGUAUUACUGAAGGGAAAAGCAACUAUGAAACUCAGAGUAAAGGUGGUAUCUUAGCAAGGGCCUGCGAGUACAUAGGAGAAUUGCGCACGGCUAAUCAAAGCCUGGGUCAAUGCUUGCGCGAUAACGAGAAGCUGCGGCAAGAGAUUACGACGCUAAAACAAUUAGUUACCCAAUUGAAACGUGAGAAUCUUCAACUCAGAUCGCAAAUAUCGUCCUCGCCAUCAGCCGGUACUGACGUUGUACACUUGAGUCCUUAAGCUUCCUUUAAUUUGCGAGUCAAUGGCUCUUCCUGUAAAUUUUAGAAUUUCUGAAUUGUCUUAUAGGAAAUCCAAUAUUCUGUUCUUUUCUCUGGCGACUGCACCGGUCUUACCAAGUUUUGAAGUAUCUUGAAUUCCAAAGUCAAGUUGCGUACUUCUAAUAAUAUAGGCUACGGUCAACGUGAGGCUACAAAUGCUUUGAAGCGUUCUUCUCUUUCUUUCUUCAUUGAAAGAAAAGAGAACAGGAAUGCUUCGAAGCAUUUGUAGCAUCACGUUGACCGUAGCCGUAGUCAUAACUGCACAUUUAUAGCUGUAAUACGAAUAUUUUAUAGAAAUUCAUACAGACUAAUUUAUUAAUUUCAAAUAUCAAUUUUCUCUCAGCAAUAGAUUUUAUUUUACGGUAACAUGUAAAAGUUUCUGAUCGCAAAGUUUAAAAAUUAUUUUUUAGAAACAAAAACUGAUAAAAGAUAAGUGAAAACUUUUGCACAUAUUCCAAUUCUUACAAUGCAAUCGGAAAUUGUAAGGAAGUCUAGAAGAAUAAUUUUAUUUUAUUACGUAAUUAUUUUGUGAUAAUAAAAUGUAAGCUGUAACACGAAUGAUGUUAUAUUAAAAUUUAUAAAGAUCUUAUUAAGUGAUCGAUUAUUCAUAUCAAUUAAUUCAUAUCAACACAAUUAAUAUAGUGCUAAAUGCUUUUGAUUAUGCAUACAUAUACUGAAAGAUUUUUUUCAAUUUUUGAAAAUAUAUUUUACGCGUAUUGUUUAAUAAUGAAUUAGGUGAAAUAGAAAGUGUAACAGCCGUGUAGUUAUGACUGUUGCAUGGAAGACCUAUUGGAUAUUACACAUAGCGAAUUCGGGCGUUUACACUAGUGCACACUGAGUGCGCAUUAAGGCUCGUUUAUAUAAUCUCUGUUCAUAGAUUGAAUAUCGCUUAAAUACACGUUUAAAAAAAUAAAACAAUCUGUAUAGAUGCUGUACAGAUCAUUUUACUGUAAGAAGUAUUUAAAAUGAUCUGUAAAUAUAAGAAUUAACUAAGAACAAGCCUUAGUUAAUUCUUAUUCUCACUCAGUGUGCACUAGUGCAAGCGCCCGAAUUCGCUAAUAGACGCAACAUGUCAAUGUAACUGGCUUAAGUUGAAACAUCAUGGCUGUGAGUAUCAAAACAUUGACGUAAUAUUCUUUUUAUCGGAAAAAUUCAAACGGCGGUGCAGCCGAAAUUAUUUUGAGAAAGGAAGCAAUUUGCAUUGAUUCACAUAAAGAGUCUACAGAUGAUACAAACGAAGCAUAGGAACCGCGCAGAGUUCAUUGACUAUUUUUUAUUUUUAAUACUGUUUACAUAAUUAUAGAAUAGAGUAUCUAAUAGGCUGAGUUUAGAAUUAAAAUUUUAAAUGUGAUCAAUAUGGAUACAUAUAUGUAUAUAUGGAUACACAUAUGAACAUAUAUGUAUAGUUGCUCAUGCAUGUAUACAUAUUUGAGAUACAAAUUGACAUACAUGUGGCAAUAACAUAUUUUUGUCAAUACAAGACAUGGAAAAAAGAAAGUCAAAAUUUUAAUUCAUCAAACAUUAGAUAUCGGAAUGUAAUAUACCGUUGAUGUAAAUAUCGCGAGGUUAUUGUUGUAUAAUGAUAAUUAUGAUUAAAACGAGAAAAAUUGAGAGUGGUA